AAGAAAAGAAAGGAAAGGGUGAAGAAGACUGUGGCUAGAGUGCUUGGCAAAGCUUCCAUCAUGGAAGAGGAAGAAGAAGAAGAGGUAGCUGCACCAGCGCCCAAGGCACCCAAGCUAAUGGGAGAUGCCAUAAAAUCAGGGGGAGCUGCUUCCAAGGCCAAGCCAGCUCCAAAGCCAAAGCCAAAGAGGAAUACAAGAAGCAUUCCUGCAGCUGAGAAGAACAAGGCCCCAGUGCCUGAGACUGCUGCAGAAGAAGAGGAAGAGAAUGUCCUGAGAAAUCUAAAGCCCAAGAUCCCAGACCACAACGAUGCUCAUCCUGUGGCUGAGGAUAUGAAGCUCAGGAGAGAUUCAGGGAUGAGGAAGUGGAGAGAAGCAGACCCGUAUGCUUCAAGGAGAAGGACAGCAGUUGACUACAGGUUUCACACCAAGGAGCAGCAGGAUUUUUAUGAGACAGUGCUGCUAGAUAAGAAGCCCGUUGUCUGUGAUAUGCGAUGGGUUGAUUGGCAAUACAUUAAGGACAAUGAGGAGCACUAUCCUGGAGUGCAAGACAGCUUCGUAGCUUGUGGAGUAGCUGACUUUGUUGGGCAGAAGCUCACAAAGUGGAACGAGGAGCUUAUCAUGCAGUUCUACUCCACGGCACACUUCUACCCAGAUGGGAGGAUCACAUGGAUGUCUGAGGUUCCACUCGGCAAGUUACUGGGUUUCUUGGUGUCUAAUAGAGGAAUUGAGGCUAAUCCGGAGAAGAUUACGGCUAUUACAUCUCUAGCUAAACCGGAGUGUAUCAACGAUGUUCAGCGUUUGGCGGGCCGAAUCGCUGCGCUGAGCCGGUUUAUCAGCCGCCUCGGGGAGAAGGCUAUCCCUUUGUACCAAAUGCUGAGGAAGACAGACAAUUUCGUCUGGAGUCCAGCUGCUGAUGAGGCAUUUGAGGACCUGAAGCGGCAGUUAGCCAAUCCGCCUGUUCUUGCAGCUCCGGUCGACAAGGAGCCACUAUUAUUAUACGUAGCGGCUAAUGCUCGGGCAGUUAGCGUGGCUAUUGUGGUGGAGCGCAAAGAGGCAGGCAAG